CAGGGGGCCGGUCAUUGUCCGGCCACAGUAUAUAAGCGGACUGAGGCCGGUCGUGUGCCAGGCUCACCGGCUCGCACGAGCUGAUCCAGAGCAAAAAGACGCAAAGAGGCGCGUGUCGAUCCCCGUGCACCACAUCACCCGGUCCUGUUGGAUCCGUGCGCAGAAACUUCAGCUGACUCCAGAUAAACCGCCUCCCGCUCCGGUAUGGACUCCGUCUACUCCGACAUCGACAGCAACAGCUGCGACUUCUUCCCGCACACCGACGAUGAGGACUCCCGCGGCAGCCUCCGCUCCACCUCCCCGGAGCCCGAGCCGCAGCAGCUGCAGCAGAAGAAGCGGCGCCGCGGCCGCGGCCGCAACGAAGCCACCGUGCAGGUGGUGAAGAAGACCCGGCGCCUGAAGGCCAACGACCGGGAGAGGAACCGCAUGCACAACCUGAACGACGCACUGGACGAGCUGCGCGGCGUGCUUCCCGCCUUCCCGGACGAGACCAAACUCACCAAAAUCGAGACUCUGCGCUUUGCGCACAACUACAUCUGGGCGCUGUCAGAGACCAUCCGCAUCGCCGACCUGCAGACGGGAAAGACCGGCGACGCUCCGCUGCUGCUGAGCGCCGCGCGCCUCGGCGAAGCCCCGAGCCCCGGCAGCGACGCCUGCUCCUGGAGCUCCAGCGGCUCCUCCUCCUCCUCCUCCCCGGCAUACUGCUCCUCCAGCCCGGGCAGCCCCGGCGCGUCGGAGGACUGCAGCUACCUGACGCAGGACGCGCUGUACGGCUUCCGCAGCUUCGUGCAGGGCAUCUACUGAGGGGGGGGGGGGGACUCACAGACCAGAGAAAUGUAGAGACACAACGGGACAUAGGACAGAGGACAGAGGACAGUCCGCUGGAAUAAGACUGAGAAUCACAGUUUGCCUUAUGAGCUCAUUUAUCUUCCUCCUGUCUCGUGCCUCUGCUGACGGAUUGUAAAUGAGAAUAACUUAAUUAAUUUCCUCUUUAUUAUUUAGUUCCUUUUGAUUUUGUGUAUUUCUCCAAAAACCCUUGCACUUUUUCCCGCCCUCCCUCAGCAGCAGUCUGCAGGUUACAGUCAGGUUUUUACUCUCAGAGGUGAAAAGUCAAUUUUACAAUUUGUAGAGUGAUGAAGCAGAAAAGAGCGUGAAAAUCGAGUUUCAACGCUCUGACAAUGAGUGAAUGGAGCUGCCUCAUUCAUUAUGUAUUCACCCCCCCCAACACACACACACACACACACACACACACACACACACACACACUCGCCCUCUCUGUUAGAUUAUUGUCCUUUUUUUAUUUAUUCGUUUCAUUUGCUCAUGAAAUUUGUAUUUUGUACAUAAAGAGAUUUUUAUUCUAUUUACUCGGAGCUUUGCCGCCAGUUUUCUACAAAAUAAAAGUUAUAACG